AUGGCGGGAAUCAAUCACCUCAAUGUGUACUCGGGGCCAGACUCUGUGAGAGACUACUUUGACCCAGAAUACCAGCCACUGCUUCCGCUGGUCGAGAUCCCAGAAUGUCUCAAUCCCUACAGGGCCGACGGCGUGCGCAUCUAUGCCAAGAUGAUGUCGAUGCACCCGGCAACCAAUGUCAAAGUCAUGCCAGCCAUGAAUUUGUUGGAGAAAGGCGUCGAAAAGGGGAAGACUACCACCGUGGUGGAGAGUUCGUCCGGAUCAACCGUCAUUUCCAUGGCAAUGGUCGCCCGAGCUUUUCACGGUAUCAACGACGUUAAUGCGUUCCUAAGCAACAAGACUAGCGAGACCAAGCUGCGUCUCAUGCAAUUUUUCGGCCUCAGUGUAACUCUUUUUGGCGGCCCUGCUCAACCAACGCCCGUCGAUGAGCGAGGAGGCAUUCGUGCGGCUUCUCGCAAGGCAGCCGAGUCGGCAUCUGCAUAUUCUCCCAAUCAGUACCAGAACCAUGAUAACUGGAAAGCCCAUGUCCGCUGGACGGGGCCACAGAUCCAUAAACAGUUGCCCGAUAUCAACGUUAUUGUUGCUCCCAUGGGUACAUGUGGCACAAUGACUGGUCUUGGGACCUACUUCAAGGAAGCGAAACCGUCGGUUUGCCGGGUUGCCGUCUGUACUGCUGCCGGAGAGCGGGUUCCUGGACCCCGGGAAUACUCCCUCCUGAACAAAGUCGAGUUCCCCUACAAGGAUGCUGUCGAUGCACUUGAGCAUGUCGGAGCAAAGGAGUCGUAUAGCCUCUCAAUGGAUCUCACCAGACAGGGUAUUGUAUGCGGGCCGUCUUCCGGCCUCGCCCUACAAGGCCUGUUUCAGCGUGUAGAAAAGAAGAAACAAGAUGGAAGCCUGUCGCAGUUGGCCGGUCCCGAUGGCGACAUCAACUGCGUCUUCAUUUGUUCGGAUCUCCCCUACCAGUACCUGAAUGAGUACUUUCAAAAGCUCGGGCCAGAAAAGUUCAGUCCCCUGAAAAAUGAAAGGCUUCGCACCGUCGAUCUGUACCGGUACGACGACGCCUGGGAGAAAAGUGCGCUCGAUGCGUUAGCGACCUACUUCACAAUCCAACCAACAGCAAGCGACUGUACGGUGCUAUCGCUGGCUGCUUCCGGCGAGCUGGAGCUGCGGAAGCAUGUAGCUCCCAUGCCAAACACCCAGGUACUGGACUUUCGUCGAGCUGUGGAUUUCGACGGCUUCCACUUGCCGAGCUCAGUCAAUGUUCCCCUUGAAACUCUCAGGGAGGGAGCCGCUCGCGGCAGCCCUUUUGCCAAUCCAGUAGAUGAUUGCACAAUGCUCGAAGAGCUGUGGCUUGAGCUCGAAGGUCUAUUCACCACGCAAGACAAAAAUGGGAAAAGGAACCUUGGCGCAGAGACUCUGAUAUCCAUUUUAAAGAACAAGAGGGUUCUAACCGUUUGCUACGAUGGCGACUGUGCUAGAGUUGCGAACAGUGUACUUCGUCACAGGGGGAUUCAAGCGGCCAGCAUUUCGGGUGGGAUUGCGGCUCUAUCAAAGGUCCAACUCUUCAAUAAUGAUGUCGCCCAGCAAGCAAGCCAUGUCGUUUCUGUGGAAGCCUGA